AGACUAGCAUCGAAGGCCAGUUGCUAAAGCCUCUAUUCAAUCCUUGGGAUUCCCUCGCACAGUUCCUUUGCGAAUUCACGUUUUUCAGUCUCAACUUUCGCCGUGCGAGAUUCUACACCCAUUGCGCAUCGCCCAUCAUGAUGUCCCACGAAAUGUCCGGCAUGGCUGGCAACAAAACUUGCGUCACUGAGAUGCUGUGGAACUGGCGCGUCGAGGACGCAUGCUUUCUCUCCUCCUCAUGGCACAUUACGAACAACGGAAUGAUGGCCGCCAGCUGCGUAGGCGCCGCUCUUCUUGUCGUCUGUCUCGAAUUCCUUCGCCGCGUUAGCCACGAAUACGAUGCCUUUCUCCUGCGCCAAUUCCAAAGACAACUCCACGUCCAGCAAGCGGCACUAGCGGCUGCCAUGCCCGCCAACUGCUGCGACGGCCCCACGUCCACCCUCGGACUUCAGCACGCGACCUUCCGUGCCACCGCAUUGCAACAACUUGUUCGCUCCAUCAUCCACGGCGUCACGCUCGGUCUGGCCUACAUUGUCAUGUUGUUGGUUAUGCACUUCAAUGGCUACAUUUUCAUCUCUAUUAUCUUGGGCGCUGGAUUGGGCAAGUUCUUGUGCGAUUGGCUCGUGGUCAGGAUACCGUACAACACGCCAGAACAGAAGGAGGAGAGGCAUGGGUCGAUUAGUGCGGCUGGGCCCACGGGCUGCUGUGCGUAGAAAAGUGGGGUCUGGGCAGUAUGAAGCGUGGAGUGAUUGAAUAGAUACCCUUUUUUGAUGAUAGCAAUGGAUAGCAAAUGAACUAGUUUAAAUUUUUAGCA